UGCCGGAAGUAGCUGCGGUUGCCAUGUAAGACCCCUGACAGAGUGUGUAUGUAGCUGUGCUCCGCUUGCGGCUGUUUUAAAGCGAAGAGCGAGAGGAACAAAAUAACAAUUGAAAAUAGCCACGUAUUAGUUUCUUUUCGAGCUGCUGUUCGUUAAGCGUGUGUGAGGAUGUCGGUGGCCGGGUUGAAGAAGCAGUUUUAUAAAGCGAGUCAGCUUGUCAGUGAAAAAGUUGGUGGUGCAGAAGGAACCAAGCUUGAUGAAGACUUCAAAGAGAUGGAGCGGAAAGUGGAUAUUACCAGCAAAGCUGUGGCUGAUGUCCUGACAAAAACCACAGAGUACCUUCAGCCGAAUCCAGCAUCCAGAGCUAAACUAACAAUGCUGAACACCGUGUCAAAGAUUCGGGGACAGGUAAAAAACCCAGGCUACCCUCAACCAGAAGGGCUUCUCGGAGAAUCCAUGAUAAAAUUUGGAAAGGAUCUGGGUGAAGAAUCAAAUUUUGGAGGUGCUCUCAUUGAUGUUGGCGAAUCAAUGAAACGGAUGGCUGAGGUUAAAGACUCCCUGGAUAUUGAAGUCAAACAGAACUUUAUUGACCCAUUACAAAGUCUAUGUGAUAAAGAUUUCAAAGAAAUUCAGCAUCACUUGAAGAAGUUGGAGGGUCGUCGCCUGGACUAUGACUACAAGAAGAAGCGACAGGGUAAAAUCCCUGAGGAAGAGAUCAGACAAGCCAUGGAGAAAUUCGAUGAGUCCAAAGAUGUGGCAGAAACUAGCAUGUACAACCUUUUAGAAACUGAUAUCGAGCAGGUGAGUCAAAUGUCUGCCCUGGUGGAGGCACAACUCGAUUAUCACAGACAAGCUGUACAAAUUCUGGAGGAGCUCUCUGAUAAAUUAAAGGAAAGGAUACGGGAUGCAUCGGGUCGCCCCAAGCGUGAAUAUCAGCCCAAGCCUAGAAGCACUUACACUGAAUAUGGAGAGACAGAUCAUUCCAAUGGAGGUUUCUCCUAUAGCGGGUCAACAAAAUCACAAGCACACCUAGACCAGCCGUGCUGCAAGGCGCUGUAUGAUUUUGAACCAGAGAAUGAAGGAGAGCUUGGCUUCAAGGAAGGUGACACCAUCACGUUGACCAAUCAGAUCGACGACAACUGGUAUGAAGGAAUGCUGCACGGCCAUUCGGGAUUCUUCCCUGUCAACUAUGUGGAAGUGCUGGUCCCAUUACCUCAGUAAAGGUGCUGAACUGAACACCAGAUGCAGAUGUGGAGCGAAGGAGACUUUCAACAUUCCUUUUAAUUUAAAACACUAGUCCACUUCCAUGGGUUGUUUCUCACAGUGCAGUGUUACAUUGCGUGCAAUGCAUCAUCAUUUUUUAUUUUAAAUUGACAAAUGUUUUUCUGUGUUAAUCUAAGGUGCAGCUCCAGUUACUCUGCAUGUAUUGCAAUAUGGUUGUGAGAGGUCAGCAUUUAGUUCAAUGGAUCCUUUUCUGUAAGCUGUCCAGUUCUAACAAAGCGAAAAGGCUGAAAUUAGGCAUUUGCUUUGCAGAAGAAAUGGCUGUGACAGUGUUAUUGCUCCCAGUGUAGGAGAUACCCUUUCUACACUGCUCAUUUGUAAGUUAGUUUCUAUUGCAGUUACAACUGUAGAAGCCAUGUGAUCUUGGGUCACACACAUCACCUUUAUUUUUAAAAUGUGAUUUUAUAAUUGCUUUGGUUCCCAAUUCACACUAACUUGGGGGUUAUAUUGAAAUAAUUCAUACUGUCCAAGGACUUGGGUUGCACAAUGGGUCAGACACCAGCCUUUCAAUUCUGGCAUCCGGAUUCAGCCUGAACUGAUGAAGUGAUUGUCUCCUUUUCUGCAAACUAAAAGGGAUCCGAUGUGAAAUGAGCUUGAUCAGGCUGAAUCCAAUUUCAUACAGCAGUAGACUGGCAAUCUCAUCCAAUGGGGCACAGGAUAGCUGUUGUGGGAAUAGGACAAAUCUCUCACUAAUGCAGUAGGGGACGUUGCUCUGAGGUUGGGGCCAAGUGAAUAGUUGGAUCCCAGUAAAGGGAGCUUAACCUUGCUGUAUCUGACUCUGUAAGACUAGGUGCCUGAAAUGGAAAGUGUCCCAUUCCCAGAAUCUGGUACUAUCCAAGUAAUGUCUGCAUUGCAACUUAUGCCUCUGAACUUAACUGGCUUACUUUGUCUAACCCACCACCGACUUCUGUUUGUCCCAUGUUUACAUUAACAAUCCACUGUGGAAGAUCCUAAGUUUAAGAUGUGAAUCAAAUCAGGACUUUUGUUCCUCUCUACUUUAAACAACUUUAUUUUAGGCAAAUCCUGUCCGCUGGUUCGUGACAGACGUGCUUUUUCCUCCCUCACAAGUUAUGACCUUGUAUAGUUAGCAGGGGAACUUCGUGGUUCUGUUCAACUCAAUCACCAGCUUCCCAAGAACAGGGAGAGAGGAAAACAAACCAAGGUUCCUAUUCAUGAUCCCUAUCCCAUUGGGGGAAUGUGUUUGCGAUGGAUGGGGUGAGGGCAGAAUGGGAUUAUGCUCUGCUGUGAAAGACAAAUAGUCCAUUGACACCAAUGAAGAAUAAUAGCUCCUUGACUGAAAUGCCAGAAGGUGCGUGGUGUUCUUGGAAUUGCACCCCUGCAGGAGUCCGCACUUUGAAGAAAGGAGGAAAUGGGGGAGGAGACAAGCUUUUCAAAAAAAAAGCUCUUGACAUCUUUUCCAUAACAGACCCAGCUAUCUGAUGGUUCAUCUUUCUCAGUUUUAGAACAAGUGGGAGUGUUUAAGCUUUGCCUGCAAUUGUUAUGUGAAAGCUAUAAAUAACUAGGCUAACUGGUUUAUAAGUGCAAGUUUAACAGUACCUCAUUUCUGUGAACCACUUUUAUAUCGAAGGGAAGACCCUAGUGUAGAACAAAUGUUGAAUCCAAUAUGAGGAGGAGCAGCUCAAAUCUUCUAUCUGCUAGCCUCUGCUCAUGCUCUGGAGGCAUCCUGCAGCAUAAAUGAAUUUGUAUACACAAUAUUGGAAGAAGCACUGUAAUGUAAAUGAAUCAACACAAUUAUCUCUUGAGAUACAGGAUGUCCUUGUGAGGUGGUUUCUCCCUCUGCCUCUGCAGCCAAAGCACAAGUGGGUAGAAAUGCCUUCUGGCUGGCCUGGAUGCAGGUCACUCAGGCCACUAUUUUUAGUCUUUCUCACAGGUGGGCUGAACUUGGCCCCCAUCUCUCAUCCAUCCUCCAACCCAAACAGGCUGUUAUAAAAUUGCUGGCCUGUAAAGACCAUUUGCUGAGGUUGGAGGUUGUCUGCAGCUAAAAUGGUAAGUCACAUUCGUAACAUUUGAACAAUUUGCACAAUGAAGCUGGUGCUAUGAAUGCCAUCCCAUGGUGUAAAUAUGGCAGAUCUGGAAUAGCCUCAGAUAUGCAAUAUAAAUGAGACACAAUUCAGUCUUUCAGGGAAGUGGAGACAGUAAGCAAGUGCUCCUGCUGCACACUUUUUGACUUCCCUAAGCCCUUAUCCUAUUGCUGCUGCAUCUGUUUUAUGGAUCCAAAAAAGGAUGUGCGCUGUAACAAUUUAAAAUUCUGACUUGUCCUUCGCCCUGUGCUCUCUCUCAGCCAUCACAUAAAUAACUGGAAUGAAUUUUGUUUUCUGUGAGACUUGAAUUGUUCCCACUGUCAUUUUCUAUGGUAUAACUUUUAGCUCAUGUUUAAUGACGAGCACAUUCAAGCUUCCAGUAACUAUUCCUGUUUUGACCUCCACGAUGUUGAAUGACAACCUGGUACAACAUGUGCAGCAUGUAUCUGGCAGGUAUCAUGCUGCCGCACUCCCAUAUUGACACUAGCUCUUUAACACUAAUCAUGAUGUACCAUAUGUUUGUCUAGUACUUUUUGAUAGUGUUGUCAACUCAUCGUGAACAUUAGAAGAUUGUGACCGUACCUGUACUAAUGUUUUAUGAAUUUGAUCUAUCUUUUGAUAAUUAUAAGAGCCAUGGGCUUAUAACUCAAAAUAUGUAUCUUUUUUACUGUUUAAUCCUGCAUGUAGAUUUAUGUUUAGUACAAUUAUAAACUAUGUAGUGUUUUGUUCAGAUUAUGUAAAGAAUAAACAAAUAGCAGGUGAUAUGAGCUGA